AUGUCAACCGAUCUCGCGAUUGUGACGACGGUCAGUUCCGACUCCGUCAGCCGCCUCUUCGGCCCCGCCGGUGCGAUGGACUUUCGCUCCAACCCGGGUAUGAAGGACGAGUACGAGGAUCCAAAGACGAUCUUCAACAAGAUGAAGCAGAAGGACGUGAAACCGCUGUCCGACAUCAGCGUGUUGAAGGGAACCAUCUACAACUAUAAGAACCGCCGCAUCAUCACGCGCUGGCUGCGAGACGUGUGCGGUGCGUUCAACCUGCGAAGCACCACCCUGUGCCUCGCUGUCCAACUGGCUGACUCGUACAUUGUCGGCAACCUGAACCAGCUCGAGCUGCAAAAGUGCCAGUUGGCCGCUGUCACGGCCCUGUGGAUUGCAGCCAAGUUUGAGGAGAUGGACGCAGACUUGCCGAGUCUGCGCAAGAUAGUGGACGUGUGCGACGGGGCCUACUCUAAGGAGCACGUUCUAGCCAUGGAGGAGGCUAUCUUGAGCUUCUACAAGUGGUACCUACCCCACACCACGGUGGUGAACCACCUCUAUCUGCAGCUGCACCUCAUCAAUGAUCCUGCCCUGAUCGACUCGCAGCCGGAGGAGAAUGUGCCACCCGUUGUUUCGGUCGACGUCCUCGUGCUGGACGCAAACGAGGGCCGCACCUGGGUCAGCCUUGUCCUGGACUCGCAGUUGUCUCUGCAGAACUGCCUCGAUCAGCUUUUCUCCGCCUCGAACUUGCUCUACAACACCUCGACGUCUGUCUUUCAGCUCUUUGGUAGUUGCUUCCUGCUGGCGGAGCGCCUGCCGCUCACGACGGUGGUGGGGAACCUCCCAUUGGAUGGCAAGGGCUGUCGUCGCCUCUUCCUGUGCUCCUCGAGCAGCCAGAUCACCUCGACGUUUGCAGAGCGCGGCUCAUACGUCAUCCUGCGCUCCAUCAACUCGGGCUUUCUAGACUUGUGCGACAUCCUCACUCAGGAGGUGGUGACGCACGUGGAGUUUCUUCGCUUGUACAGCUAUGUGACUGCCUUUGGCGUAAUGGGGCUCGCGCUGUGUCUUGUGUCGCCAGACAAGGACGAGAACAAGCGCCUCCUGCAGCACGUGCACAAGAAGCUGGAGAUCUCCGCUACGCAGGGCCUGGCUGUCGCGGACCUGCUUACUUCCAAGUAUAAGGAAGCCCUGCCCACCAUUCGAGAGGGCAAAGGUCUGCCGCGCCCACCUGAGAACUUCCGCGACACGCUGUGCUACUGCUUUGAUCGCAGACUGUCCUAA